ACUUUUGUACGGCAGAAAUUAAAAUAUUUCAUGUGUAAUGUUUCCUAUUCAAAGUAGAGUGUCCGUAAUAUGAAUCAAAACAGUAUUUUCCUAAUAAUCCCUCAUUUUUGCAUAUCCAUUCAUCAGGUAAUUUCAUUUUAAUUAUUUUUACUAAAGUCAGUAGAAAUAUUAAAAACCUACCGAUGAUUAUGGAUGUGAUACCUUGAAAUCUAAAGCCGGUCAAUAACUCCCCACCUAGAAAUAGGGGGUUCUAUAGAUAAGGAACACGGCAAUAUUUUAGCACACGGAAAGCACAAUCAAAAAAAUUCACAAAAGAAUCAUGCUACACAAAGUGGGAUGCACAAUUGUUGAAAAUUUAAACUCAUUAAUGACCAAUCAAUGGCUCGUUGUAGGUCGUAGUACUGCAGAACACUAUGAUCCGAACGGAAGUAGACUGGCAGUACGAUACGGUGCAGGCGAACGACUCCAGCCUGAGUACAGUUAACGGAACAUACUGGCCGAGAGGAAAAAUGUUGGGCGGAUCCAGUUCCAUCAAUGGGAUGAUGUACAUUCGCGGUAAUCGAGACGAUUACGACGAGUGGGAACGUUUGGGAAACACAGGAUGGGGGUGGAAUGAUGUUUUGACGUACUUUAUAAAAUCUGAAAACAACGGGAGUCCUAAAGUUUUGGAGAGCUUUGGAGGAAAAUACCAUCGCAGGGGAGGAUAUCUUGAUGUAGACUUCUACAGCGACACUAAUGUGUUCAGAGAAAUACUCAGACAGGCGACAAGAGAAGCUGGUUUUAAGCAACUGGUGGAUUUCAAUGCAGUGGAACAUAUAGGUUAUGGUCGAGCUCAGCGAACAGUACGCGGCGCAACACGUUGUAGCACUGCCAAAGCCUUUCUGAACCCUAUUCAGAACAGGCAAAACUUGCACAUUAUCAAAAAUGCGCUUGUUGUAUCUCUGUUUUUCGAUUCUGCAAAUGUAGUGCGAGGCGUCAAUAUGAUCAUCGACAAUCUGUAUUCUUUAACAGCGAUUGCAUCGAAAGAAGUUAUCCUGUCAGCGGGUGCUGUAAAUACUCCACAGCUAUUGAUGUUAUCCGGAGUGGGUAGGCGUGUGGAUUUACAACCAUUCGGUAUUCCGGUUCGUGUGGAAUUAGAUGUUGGUGGAAAUCUGCAAGAUCAUGUUUUUGUGCCAAUAUUUUUCGGACUGGGAGUGCCGAUUACCGAUAUUACAGAAAUGAGACGCGAAAAGCUGAUUAAUUUGUUUGAUUUCACUCUUCGCAAUAGAAGCGCAUACAUGUUUGAUAGAUUGAGUGAUUUCAUGGGAUUCGUGAACACAAGGGACAAUAAAGCCCAGUUUCCCAACAUACAAUUCAUGAACUUGUUGAUCCCAAAACAAGACUUCGAUGCGAUGGAAUUUUUCUCCAAAAUGGGAUUCAACAGUAACGUACUGCGUUCAAUAAGAAAUCAUAUCCAAUCGCAAGACAUGAUAGUGCCUUGGACCAUAAACAUUGAUCCGAAAUCUCGCGGGCGUCUUCGAAUCAAUUCAGCUAACCCUUUGGAUCAUCCAUCGAUUACAACCGGCUACUUUAGCAAUCCAGAAGAUUUGAUUGCAAUUCGUGACGGUAUUAGCAUACAGCAAAAACUAUUAAGCACCGAGGUGUUUCAAAAACUUCAGGCUAGCCUGUUGAGAAUCGAUAUUCCUGAGUGUGACGCAUUUGAGCUCUAUCCGGACGAUUACUGGGAAUGUUACAUACGGCACAUGAGUACGACCUUGUAUCACCCUGUGGGAACGGCUAAAAUGGGACCAUGGAACGAUCCGACGGCGGUUGUAGAUUCGGAUUUGAACGUGUAUGGGGUCGAAGGAUUGCGAAUCGUGGAUGCGAGCAUAAUGCCUACCGUGCCCAGCGGAAACACAAAUGCUCCGACCAUAAUGGUUGCGGAGAAAGCUUCGGAUAUAAUAAAGAAGAAGUAUUUAUGAAGCUUUAUAAACUGUGAUAUGUAUACAUCGACUUUUUCUUACGAUCACUAUGAGGGGGUCGUAAAACGAAUUGGUCGUAAACAUUGUUCAAAUUUGUUAUGAAUAAAUACUUCAGACAUACCUUUAAAAGGUUGAUCAUUUCAGGGCUCUCGAAGAGUGCUCACACGAAUAACACCAAACACUUGUUUAAGGUUAUUUUUCACAAUUCUAGGAGAAAAAUUAUUCUAGUCGUCGCCUGGAAUAUGUUUUGGAACUUUUUGAGGACGCCCAAAUUUUUAUCUGUGAUUACUCUAGACAUUCAAAAACGAGACGCGACAAAUAAUAUUUAUCGUCAAAAAAGCAUAAACAUUACCUUUCUGUCAACCGGUUUCGGGCGCGAUUGAUCCCAUCUACGUGACAAUGUUCAACCUCCUAGAAUUUAUCCUAAGAUUCCUUUAGAAUUUAUCCUCAAAUUAUCAAGAUUUUUAUCAAAAAUGCCUCUGGCGCUCCACUAGGUGUUCUAAGAAUGUAUCCGGAAGUAUCUCCUGGUAUUUCGAAAAUACUGAUCACGAUAGGCGGCAUUUGAGUUGAAGAGCUUCAGCUAGUUCAGAUCCUACUUUUUUGGAAGAAAGUUGCAGUGGCGUAGCUAGAGUUUUUUGGGCCCAGUGCGGAGUCAUAUUUGGGGGCCUUUUAAAUAGGGGUAUGUGUCACUAAGCUAACGUUCAAUUGACAUGUGACUAGUCAAUUAAAUGAAAUCAUAAUAUCCUUUCAAUCAAUAUUAAGAUUUGCGAUUGGAAAUAAUAAAACUUGUGUUCAUCUAAUUGUAAAAGUCUUUUUCAACGUCAAUUGAUGAAGAAUAAUAUGACGAUACGACCACUUCAGGGCUGGUAGCGGCUAAGUGUCUUAGAUUAUGCAAUUUAGAGAGCUCAUGCCAGAAAAACGUGACUGAACAGGAACCACGUUUUAGUCAGAAUUUCUCAGAGAAUUCAUCAAUAUAUUUCUCGAACAAGGUUGAUAAAUAUUCCUGUGGGAAUUCCUCGUGACGUUAUGCUAAAUAUUAGUACAUGUAUUUAAUUUUUUUCUGGAAUUUCAUCAGAAUGUAAUUUAGGUAUCUGUUUAAACUUUCGUUCAGCUAUUAUUUCGAACAUUUUUUCAGGAGCUCAUAAGGCGAUUUAUAAAUUUCCUAAGUAAUAUUUCCAGAUUUUUGUUCAAAAUUCCUUUAAGAAUUCAUCCAAAAAUUCUUCCAAGGAAACCUACAACAAUUGAUGUUUCUCUGAUCUCAUCCAGCGAUUCUCCCAUAGAUUUCAGAAAUUAAUCAUAUUCUCUGCAGAGAAUCUCCCUGGAAUUUUUUAGAACCUUAUUUGUUUAAUAUUCAAAAUAGAAAUUUGCCCAAAGCUACCUUGCAUUACUUCUCCCAAGUUUUUUUUUUUUUUGAAGUCUUCAAUAGGUUCUUCAAUUUUUAUUUUCAGGGAAUUCAUCUAAAAUUUCUCUUAAUACGGCCAAACCUCUUUUUACGCUUUCUUUUUUUACGCUCCCUCUUUUUGUGCCGCCUCCAUUUACGCUCCAAAUUCCAACUUACACUCCUGUCUGAUAACGACGCACGAGAACCAUUGUAGUAAUGCAUAUAUUUCUGGAACAGGACCGAUGAGGAGAUACCGGAAAUCGAUGUCUGGCAUCAUUUUGGAAUCCAGGAUGACGACUUCCGGUUUGUGAAAACCAUUUUAAACCCAUGCAAUAUGGGUAUUUUUGGAACGGGACCAAUGAGUAGAUGCCGGAAAUUGAUGUCUGAUGCUAUUUUGGAAUCAAAGAUGGCGACUUCCGGUUUGCGAAAAUCAUUUUAAACCCAUGCAAUAUGGGUAUUUUUGGAACGGGACCGAUGAGUAGAUGCCGGAAAUCGAUGUUUGACAUCAUUUUGGAAUCCAGGAUGGCGACUUCUGGUUUGUGAAAAUCACUUUAAACCCAUGCAAUAUGAGUAUUUUUGGAACGGGGCCGAUGAGUAGAUGCUGGAAAUCGAUGUCCGACAUCAUUUUGGAACCCAGGAUGGCGAAUUCUGACGUUUUAAUCGAUAUUCCCCGUUCCAAAACCAAACCGGCAGUCACCAUCUCGGAUUUCAGAAUGGCGUCAGACAUCGAUUUCCUGCAUAUACUCUUCUGUUCCGUUCCAAAAAUAUCCAUAUUGCAUG